CUUUACACAAAUAUGGAACACUGUGAAAGUGUCUUUUUAGAUAACCGGGAAAAUAUACGCUACGAAGCUUGAAGUGUUGUAGAAUUUUUAUGAUUAUCUAACGUCCCCAUUCUUGUGGACUUUAACCUCCGUACUUAAGUACAAUUGAGACGUGUAGUUUUUCUUUUAUACUUUUAUCAGUCCGGACUUUAAUCAGUUACAAAAUCUCUGACUUGUUGAUCAGCGUGAAGAAAGAUAUUCACAGAUCUGGCGCUAAUAAUCUUUAAUAAUGUCCGAAAACGUUAGCCCAAUUAAAUAUUUUCUCUCCGGUGGAUUCGGUGGAGUAUGUCUCGUUAUAGCUGGUCAUCCCCUGGACACGAUAAAAGUUCGCCUUCAGACUAUGCCAAAGCCCUUACCAAAUGCCUUGCCACUUUAUUCAGGGAUGUGGGAUUGCACGAAGAAAACAAUAGCCAAAGAGGGAUUUCGAGGCCUCUACAAGGGAAUGGGAGCACCGCUGACAGGCGUGGCUCCGAUAUUUGCCAUUAGUUUCCUCGGAUUCGGUGUGGGUAAAAAAAUUCAGCAGAAGAAUCCAGAUGAAAAACUAACUCUGCCGCAAUUGUUUUAUGCCGGUGCUUUCAGCGGAGUUUGCACAACUUGUAUCAUGGCGCCUGGGGAACGUAUAAAGUGCCUUUUACAAAUACAGCAUGCCGACGCUCUGCCAAAGUACAACGGGCCAGUCGAUUGCAUUAAACAAUUGUACAGAGAGGGUGGAGUUAGGAGUAUUUUUAAAGGGACUUACGCCACUUUAUUGAGAGACGUACCGGCCAGUGGAGUGUAUUUCAUGAUGUACGAAUUGCUUCAGAGAUGGUUGACACCUGAUGGUGGAAAAUUGGGUGUUGUGUCGACUAUUUUUGCCGGUGGUAUGGCUGGAAUUGCAAAUUGGAUCGUAGCGAUACCCCCAGAUGUAUUAAAAAGUAGACUGCAAACUGCACCGGAAGGCACAUACAAAAAUGGAAUUCGUUCUGUAUUUACUCAACUGAUGAAGGAAGAGGGACCUCGUGCACUUUACAAAGGAUGUGCUCCUGUAAUGCUCAGAGCAUUCCCUGCAAACGCAGCUUGUUUUGCCGGCUUUGAAGUGGCGAUGAAUUUCCUCAAUUUGGCAGCUCCGAAUUUAUAACGAUUACUGGAUCACCUAUUUUCACACCCUCGUUGGUGUUAUAAUUUUUGAAAAACUGCCUUUACUAACUGAAGAAUCUUAUACAGUAUAUAAUAUUAUAUAUAUUAUUAGUUAAGAAUAAGUAUAUGAAUAUUGUGAAGAACUGCUCUAUCGAUAAGUAUUACGGAAAUUAAUCGAAAUGAUUUUACAAUUUUAUACGCGCAUUUUAUAACCGCCAUAAAGUCGGCCCAACCCCCCAUUUUUAAAAUCGAAACAUUCUUCAGUGUGGAAUGUUGUUAGCGAUUGAACAUUUUUAUUUAACUCUUGAAAAAAAAAAAAAUUAUAAGUGAUGUAAAAAGUGGCCAAGCACAUUGCAAAUUGUUUAAUUUCUAAAAGUCCUGUUGCUGAGUAGAUAAUCAAAAUGAUGACUUAAAACGUUCAAUGUUAUAAUAUUGCAUUGCUGACCAGUGCUGAAUUCUUAUUAAUUGAUCAUUGUCGUAGUUGUCAUUAUUGCUUCAUUGAAUGAGGCAUAGAAUAGAGAUUUUUCUACAAUCAUAGACUCCAGUAGAUUGCGUGAAAGUAGAGAAGGCUGGUUUUAUCUAAUCUAAUUGUUGACAGAUACUACGAAUAUCAUGAUACCAAUAUCGUAACCUGCCCACAAAAUUAAAGAUCUACAAUUCUUUACGGUUAAUCAAUAUUCAAAGUUGUUUUACUUCAUUGCAUAUCUUACGAAUAACAAUGUACAUUUGAUAUAGGAUAUGAAACUUAUUAUAGAUAUGCGAUGAAU